AUGGUCCGCUUCCAUCCGACAGAGGUUUCUAUACCUCACAUAGCCUAUGCAUGUCUAGGCGGCUUUGUCGUAUUCUUCGGAAUGUUCUCGCUCUUCAUCCGUGAAAAGUUGUAUGUUGGUGAAGCUUGCUGGGCAUUCCUGUUCGGAGUUAUCAUCGGACCAUACGGCGCGAACAUAUUCGAUCCUCGAAAUUGGGGAAAUGGCGACGACGAAGUUGUGAAUGAGAUAACGCUCGAGUUUACGCGUGUUGUGCUUGCAAUCGGUGUCUUCGCCAUAGGCGUCGAAUUGCCAAAGCAGUACAUGAAAAAGCAUUGGCAGAGUCUAGCCAUGCUCCUGGGGCCUAUCAUGACCUGGGGCUGGUUUGUCUCGGCUGCGUUUAUCUACGCCCUGAUCCCGGACCUCAGCUUCCUCGCCUCGCUCACCAUCGCUGCUUGCCUGACGCCUACUGAUCCAAUCUUGGCCGCCGCCGUCAUUGGUGGCAAAUACGCGGACAAACAUGUGCCUGCACAUUUGCGGCAUCUACUCGCUGCCGAGUCGGGAUGCAACGACGGCGCGGCAUUCCCUUUCCUGUACAUCGCCCUCUACCUACUCCUCGACACCACAACUGGAGAAGCCAUCAAGGAUUGGUUCCUCAUCCUGUGGCUUUACGAGAUCUUAUUCGGCGUUGUUUUCGGUGCCCUCAUAGGCUUCGGGUUCCGAUACCUCAUGAAGUUUUGCGAGCGCAAGGAUCUCAUCGACCGACAGUCUUACGUCGCACAAUACGUUUCACUCGCGCUGCUCACCAUCGGCGUCUGCACUAUGGUCGGCACGGAUGAUCUUCUUGCGGCCUUCGCGUGCGGCACAGCCUUUGCUUGGGACGGUUUCUUCAACAAGCAAACCGAAGCAGCCGUCUUUUCCAGCGUCAUCGACUUGCUCUUCAACAUCGCCGCAUUCGUCUUUGUAGGCGCAUGGACGCCCUUCUCCGACUUUGACGCGCCGGAGUUCUCCAUCUCUGUCUGGCGCCUCAUCGUCAUUGCGAUCCUCGUCCUCUUAUUCCGCCGGCUUCCUGUUGUACUGCUCCUGUACAAAUGGAUUCCGGACGUUAAGAACUGGCGUGAGGCGGUUUUCAGCGGCCAUUUUGGACCCAUGGGCAUCGGUGCCAUCUUCAUCUCGACGCUCGCGGCCCAGCAGCUGCCUGAGGCGGAGGAGCCGCCAGUGGGCUCGGCACAGCUCACAAGAGCGACGAUACAGCCGAUCGUAGCCUUCAUGGUUGUCGUCUCUAUCGUCGUCCACGGCCUGUCUAUUCCAUUCUUCUCCCUCGGCCGCCGCGUACAUACCGUCACUCGCACAUGGUCUCGCCAACCCUCGCUCCCGGAUUGGGCAAUGCACACGCGGCCCAUCACACGAGGCGAAGACAUCGUGAUCAAUCGCGACGACGUAGACGCCGCAGAGCGCGGCGAGCUUGGACCAAUAGAGAGCGCUACCGCCGCUGCAGAUGCUGAAAAGGAGAAGGAGGGCAGUGCAACGCCUACGAGCUCCAGGAGUGCAGAGGAUGAGAAGAAGGAGAGGAGAGAGGACGAACACGACGCAGAGCGAGAUGCAAAGGGCGAGACGUUCGGUGCGGGCAACCCGCCGGAUGGUGAUGAGGGUGAAGAUGAGGUUGUGGAGUGGAAGGAGGGUCCGCACAAGGUCAUUGAGCGCCGUCAUGGACCGGGAGAAGAGGUCGACGUUGAAAUCCAGCGCAAUGCGUUCGGACCGGGCACUACCGAGUCCAUCUUCAAGCGCUUCAACCCGGAACAUGUGAACAUCCGUACGGCCGUCCGUGGACUGCUCAGUGCAGCAGGCGAGGCUGCAGAACAUAUCUUUGCAGACGUUGAGCACGCGGCAGAGGGUGCAGAGCACGCUGCGGAAGGUGCGGGCCAUGCUGCCGCUGAGAAGGGCGCACGGGCGGUGCACUACGCGGAGGAUAUGGUCUCGCCCACCAGCUCGCGCAAUUCCGGGGGGAGCAAGUCCACUCCUAAUACUCCGAAUACUCCGGCAACCGCUGAGGGGGAAGAAGGAGAAUGGGCGUCGGACAGCAGCGAUGGGCGCGGACGCAAGAAAAAGAAAACCCGAGUCGUCCCCGUCGGGGUGAGGCAUAAGGGCCAGCGCAAACACAAGACGCCACAGACGUUGAAGAGCAGCCGGCCUGCGCCGCCUCCACCGAUCCGCGUCCAAGAGUCAUCGUCAUCAUCAUCCGUACCGCAGGAAGACCCGUCCAGGCGGGGUAGCCUGCACGAGACGGCGAGCGCGUCGAGUUUGCGCCGCCUGGAUGAGGCUGAUGAGGAGCGUGGGCGGCCUAACAUCGCGCAUUCACGGCCUGUCCGCCAUCUAAGGAUCGAUAGCUUACGAGCGUCGUCGCCUGGGAACGAAAGACGCACGAGUAGUCCUGCGCGCUCGGUGCGCUGGGCUGACGACCCGUCUGGAUUGCGUAGCCCGCUCAGUCCGGGUAGCUCACGCGCUGCGAGUCCGAUUCGCGCUGUCAGCCCGCCGCGGAGCCGUGCUGCGAGCCCGGGCCGCGGUGAUGACUAG